AAAUCACAAGAAUCCAACGUCCAAGUGUUGUUGAUUGUGCAGGCUUUACAAUUAAUUUUAUUUAUCUUUCAAUAUGUUUUGUAAUGCAACUAAUAAAUGAAAACUAUCAAAUGUACCGUGUGUGUAUAAAACAGUCAUGACGGAAGAAACCCUGGAAAUCGAGCAGCAACUCGAUAAAUUGUUGACUGAUAUCCAACCAAAUUUACAAGAUGUUAUCAAGAGGAGUUUUACCAAUGUUGCAAUACAACAAACAAAAAAUGGUGAACAAAUCAAAACAGAUGCUCUGGAAGAUACCUCAUACUUUGCUAAAAAUACUCAGGUGACAUUAUCUAGAUUAGAGCUAGUUAAAUCUCCAACAUUCCACAUGCAAUCGGUAUCCCUGGAUCUCAAGUCAAUGUCCCUUUCAUUAAAAUGCUCACUAGGGGAAGUAAAUGUAAGAGGACUGUACAGUGCUUUUAAUGAAAACCUAUACAACCUUAUUCCUGUUAUGUCAGAAGGUCAUCUUGUAAUAUCAUUGUCAAACAUGAUUGCAGAUGUAAAGGUGGGCUUAGUACUAAUAGAUGAUGCAUUUUCAUUUAUUAACCCUGCUAUAGAAUUUAUUCAUGAUGAAGUCCUAGUAAAGUUGUCAUGGCCAUCACCACAAAGAAAUGGAGGAUAUGAAUUCACAACCACAGAACAGCUGGCAAAACAUAUAGAUGAUUUACCGCUAACAGCUGCAAUAUCUCUGCCCUUAUUCGCCCUCCUGAGACAGAAAUUGCAGCGACACCUGGAGAAAGUGCUUUACCAAGCUACCAGUGUUUCAGACGUAGUGGGGUGUAAUCCUAGUAUGUUGGAAGCAUAUAGCUCAAUGGUGAAUAAAUUGAGUGAGAGUGGAAAUCGAGUGAUCGAUAUGAUUUUGAUUAACAUGCGACGUACCCUUCUUCAGACGUGUACUGAAAUUUUGGAACUACCUCCACUUCAUGCUACCUUUUUACAUAAGAUAGGUUCAGUAUCGUUUGUUGGUAAAUUUGAAACGGAAUUGGGUUGGGUGAAGAAUUUAGCGAGUAUAAAUCGGGUAAAUGAUGUCACAGUGACACGCCCAGAUCCUGGGAGAACAUGUUUCCAUGUCACCCUCAAGAUCAAGGAUUUGCAGAUUGGUUACGACGAUUAUCGUGUGAAGGCUUUGGGGGUAGGGUGUACGGGUCGAGUGGUUUCUUCGUUCAGUGAUAACUCCAUACACAUGGCGCUGUGCGUGGGCCUGGCUCGCUGGGAGCCCUAUGCACAGCUGGAUGAUUUGCGAUUGUAUUAUUGCGGGGGAAUGGAUAUGCACAUAACUGGCCUAGGUCCGCUAAGCGGAGAGCUGAAUUCGGUUCGGGGAUGGAUACGUGGCGCUGUCCGUGCGCACGCGCAGCCCGCUAUUGACGCGCAAUUACAACACGAAUUACGUACAGCACUCGCUGAGUUACCGCUCAAUGAAUUAAUAAGAGAGGCUUAGACUUAGUUAUUACAGAGCGGAUAAAUAACCGUAAUAAAAUAAUUAUUUUGAAGGAAAAAUAGAUAUUUGGCGAUAUUCAUUCGGAUAAUUGUUACGCCAUAAAAACUAAAUACUUUCUUAAUAACUUUUGACUGUCUUUCCAGUUUGUUUCAUUUCAUUACAGCGUAAAUAUUUUUUGAAGGAAAAGACCAAUUAAUACUAUAAUAAUAAUAAUAAACAUGAUCCUUUCUGUGGCAUAUGUCGUCUAAUUUUUCGGGAUCGAACCUAUGACCUCAUGGAAGUGAUUCAUACAGUCGUUAAAAACGCAUGCUGACGCCGCUAGGCAAACACUGCUCCAAAUGAGUACUAGUCAAACUGUUUUUUUAAGGCAAAUAGGAGUAACAUUAAAGUGAUCUGAUAAGAAAAUAAUAUAAAAAUUAAUAAAAGAAAAAUUUAGAAAAUAAUGACCGUAUUGAGUUUCUUUUUUUCUAUGUAAAAUAUGGAGUAAAAUUAUCUUAUUAACAAAUUAUCCGCUCUGUAC